AUGGCCUCUGUUACGGAGCACCCUCCAACGCUGGAGCAAAUUGAAGCAGAUCAAGACGAAUAUGAUCGCCUAUUCACAGCAAAAGUGGACUCUUUCGAUGUUCCAACGACAACUCGGCGGGAACUGUGGUCCUAUUACCUUUAUUAUAAUGGAGACAACGGAGUAGGCCCUCUUUCGUAUACCCAAGCAUUGUUUCAAUGGUCCCUUAACGGCGCCGGCUGGCAACCAGGGACCACGCCCCGGCAACCCUGCACCGAUUCGUCUCCUUGCGUAGUCCCUUGGGCCGGAGGGACACGAACCGUCUCCUCGAUUGUGUUGAUAGCAAAUGGCCUCAGCUUCACCUUCAUGACAAUAAUCUUUGUCUGGCUCGGGAGUGCCGCAGACUACGGCUCUUUCGGGCGCUGGUUGCUCCUCGCUCUUACAGUCGUUUGCUGGGCUUUGCAGUAUGGGACGCUUGCUAUCAGAGAGCCGACUCAGUGGCCCGCCGCUAUGGGGCUGUAUAUCGUGACGUAUGUUGCGUAUGGCGCAACGCUGGUGUUUUAUGCCGCAAUGUUCCCGAAGCUUGCGAGGUAUAUGCCGCAUGUCAGGAAGGCGAGGGAGGAGGAUUUGAGAGAGGGGAGGAUCGAUCAAAGGGAUUAUGAUGCUGUUGAGUCCUUGGAGAGGAAUCAUAUUUCGAAUAUAUCCACAGCACAUAGUAAUAUUGGCUAUUUGGCCGUGUUGCUUCUCAACCUAAGUGUUCUAUUGCCUAUGCAGGGCAAUAACUAUGCGAAUAAUUUAGCCAUCUGUCUGACGAACUCGUAUUGGGUUGUCUUGGGGGUGUGGUGGUUCAUCUUUCAGCAGAAAAGACCGGGCCCUAGAGUUCCAGAAGGCUCAAACUACGCAACCAUCGGGUUUAAGCAGAUCUGGCUAGCAAUGAGGAAGAUCCGGUCUCUACCACAGAUCCUCCUCUACUAUAUCGCCUACUUUCUCCUCGCGGAUGGGCUAAACACAACCGGAACAUUGGUAUCAAUCAUCCAAAAUGACUUCAUUGACUUUUCAUUCCUACAACUCACCUACUUGGGCAUAUCGCAAGCUGUAUGCUCCAUCGCCUCCACAUUCGGCUUCUGGUAUUUCCAGAGACAUUUCAGAGUCCGCACUAAACGUAUGUUUCUCGUCACCAACUUCUUCACCGUUCUCAUACCAUUUUGGGGCAUGAUCGGUCUUUGGACACAUCGCAUCGGUUAUCAUAACCGGUGGGAAUUCUACUUUUACAAUGUCAUAUUUGGACUCUUUCAAGCUCCAUACUAUGCAUAUGCCCAAACAAUGAUCAGUGAGCUAAUGCCUCCUGGCUAUGAUAACAUGUUUUUCGCGCUCUUCGGAAUCACGAACCGUGCGUCAUCUAUAAUUGGACCCAACGUCAUUCAAGCAAUCAUCAACGAUACGCAUAAUAACUGGAUGGGGUUCCCAUUCCUAUUUGCUAUUUGUACCAUGGCAAUGAUAGCGAUUGCGCUCGUUAAUGUUGAGAAGGGCCGUGAGAAUGCAAGCAAGUUUGCAGAGGCACAUAGGCAGAGGACUACUGUACGGGGUAGAACUGACGCAUCGGAUUCUAGGGCUGGCGGGAAGGGAGCUUCAAUUGGGGCUUCUGAAAGGAUUGAAGAGGUUGAUAAUGCUGACUGUCGCUACUCGGGUGCCGCAAGAAGUGAUUGA